CCAAAUAAGGAAACCUGUCAAUCAUCGUUUAUGACGUCAUCGUUAAUCGGUAGAUCGAACGCCCCGCUAGUUUUCUUCUUCUUUCCAACUCUCCCUUUCUUGGGAAUAGUUUGGUAUUUCUCCCUUUCAAAAAAAGGGACUUGAAAAUCAUCAUCUGGAAUAUUUGCAAAGAUGGGAAGCUGUCCGUCUAAUUUAACCAAAGGGUGUGUUUGUGUUUCACCUAGUCCUGUCAUGUCUAGUAAUACCCUGAAUCAACGCGCCCCUUGUCCCUCACCAGCAUCAUCGAGUCCACUCUCUGUUCUACCCGAGUUGAGUGAGGAAACGAGCAGCAAGUCACUUACACAGUCAAGCCCUGUCGUGCCCAGCAUCAAGGGUAGCGAUGACCAGCUUUCCGAGAGCCGCAACUCAUCUGUAGAGCUUUCUCAUCACAAGCCAUUUUCCACCGAGCUUAAGCAUGAUCAAGGCUAUGAGGGUGACAGUGAAACAUGUCAUACCCCUGGAGUAGGAUCACCGGCCGUUGUGGCUGAAGCUCACGAAUCUGUUACCAGCAUUGUUAAGACUCCUGGCAAUAAGAUCGCUGUCAGCGGCGAUGAGGCUCCUGCCAAUCAAGGAAAUGACAUCAGGGAGGGCUCUGCAAUGUCUGUAACAGAGAGAGAUACCCCAGAGCCUUCACCACUGCGUGAUGCUUCCUUGCUUCCUCGUGCAGAAAGUGUUUUGUCCAAGCAAGUCCACCCUUCCUCUGCUGAUGGCAACAACAAGGGGGCAAACGAUUCUUCCUCUGAUAAGGUCUCCUCUGAGGUCACCGUCCCAGUUGAUGAAGACAUCAGACCUUCGACUGCUGGAGACACCGACAAGACAACCACGGACUCUUCCGCUGAUAACGUUACCUCUGAGGUUACCGUUCAAGUGGAUGAGGACAACAAGCAAGCAACUGCACCCUCUACUUCUAGCAAUGACAGCCUACUUGGUUCCACUGAACCUACAAGUGCUGUCAAUUACGUUUGUGAUGCUGAAGCCUCAGUUGACUCGGCCGCUGAUGUGCGAAAUGUGGCUGGACAGGAUUCUGAUACUUCAGGUGACAGCACUGGGAGCGUCGGUCCUGUUAAAAGUAUUGGCAUCGAUCUUGCAGGAAAAACAAGCUCCACAAUGGCAACACAAACUGAGGUUACAGCUGAGGAAGAGGAGGUGCUUCUCCCACCGAUCACGAUUAAAGUUGGAAAUGAAAGCAUAACACCUGUAGGACCCAGAAAGUUAAGCCUCACCAACAGCAAGUCAUCUGUCGGCUCCCGCAGGACCAGCUUCACAAGCAGCGAAACAUCCAGUGUCAGCAAGGUCGGGUCUGUGGGUAAUAUCAGUCGCCUGAGCACACAAGAGGUAUAUGUUAACACCACUCAGGGUAGCUCCUUAUCGGAUUUCAACGUCGAGGUUAGGAUUAAGCUCAAGUUGACCGUACCCUCUGCAUCUAAGUCCAUUACUUCUUCCUCAAGCAACGAACCGUGCAAGCCAAAGAAGGGACCUAAACCCAGUACCAGUUCCACCAAGACUUCACCUAAAACCAGCGUAACUAAGACAAACAAGACUGCUAUAAGUGAUACACUUACAUCCAAGAAUGUCAAGCCGGCUGAAGUCAUGGAAAAGGCGGCUAGCCUUACUGGGGUUGCAAAGAAGCCAGUGAAAGCUAAUAAUGCCACCAAACCGGUUGAAGUCUUAAAAAAGGCAAAUAGCUUUCCCGGAGCUGUAAAGAAGUCAGUAAAGAACUUUCCUGCUAAGGAAGUUGGCAAACCAACGGAACCCCUAAAAAAAACGGAAAAACCUCCCGUGGCUGCAAAGAAGCCAGUGAAAGCUAAUAAUGUCACCAAACCGGUUGAAGUCUUAAAAAAGGCCGAUAGUUUUCCCGGAGAUGUAAAGAAGACAGUAAAGAGCAUUCCUGCUAAGGAAGUUGGCAAACCAAUGAAAGAUCUGAAAAAGGCGGAAAGCUUUCCCGGGGCUGCAAAGAAGUCAACAGAAGCCACUACUAAGAAAACAAUUGUGAAGUCAAAAGUCGAAAGCAAGAUCAGCAAGGGCACAAAGAAGCUUCCAAAGAAGACCCUGGACAAGACAAAUACUAAAGGUUCUAUCAAACCAACAGGCUCCACCAUCGCUUUGGCUACUGGCUCCACGCCUAGUGUAGUUACUGUUGCCGAACAGCCAAGCAAGGUUGAUGUAACAGCUGAAAGGCUCGCGGAAGACCAUCAGAAUCAGGAUGACGCCGACAUUGCAUCAUAUGUGGGUAACAUCAUUAAUGCCCAGGCCAGUGCAUUGGCAGCAGAGAAGGCUUCUGUGUACGGCCACGCCUCUUCAUCCGUGACCUCCAAGCAAAGUCCAACCAGCAACCAGGAUUCAGACUCCGAGGCGCUUGAUGAUAUGAUCAUGGGAAUCCUCAACUCUGAAGUUGAGCUGCUAAAAGCAGAGAAGGCUGCAUCAUCCAAAAGCCUAAUCCCGAAGCCACCAAACAGCCCUAAGCCGCUCAGCCGACGGUCAUCAAGCCAUGCAAGCCACAUUGCGGGAAGCCACGAGCAGCUUAGCGGUCAAACAUCUAGCGGUAGUGUGGGAAGCCCGAAGUCACUCAGCCAACGAUCUAGGGGCAGGGAAGGGAGUUCGGCAUCGAAAUCGAAUUCGAAAUCCUCUCUUAGUUCCAUUCCAAUCCGGGUCCCAAGACCGCCUUCUUCCCAGAAAACACAAGCCAACACGGCAUCACAGGCUUCUGUCGACACAGCUUCUCCUCUUCCAAGGAGCCCGAAGCGCUCAUCGCCUAUUCUGCCACCCAUCAACAGGCCAGCUAGUGGCAGGAAAUCCACCACUUCAGCGUCAAGCGCAAGACCAGUCUCAAGGUGCUCCCUUCCUGGGGUCUCUUCCAUCCCAGUACUGCCACCAGUCCAGCGACAGGGCAACAGCAGCGUCCACAAGGUGUCAGUCUCCCCCUCAGAGUCCAAUCCAGCUUCCGCCAGGUCUUCAGUCCAUGCCGGAUCACCGCUCAGUCCUAGGCCUCCUACGAGCCCCAAACCAUCACAGUGUACAUUAAACCGGGCUUUGUCUGCGUCAAGAGUGAGGACAGCAUCUGAGGGAUCCCUCCUCCCUGGAAGUCCAAUGGGAUCGUUGUCCUGCAAGGCAAGCAACUCUUCGCCAAACAGCCGACCAGGCAGCAGGCCAUGCUCUAGCCGCAAGACUGGCUGAGCCAGGAAAUGGAAGCAAGCGGCCCAAUAAGGUGGCAUCUGGAAAGGAAUAAUUUCAUAAUCAUUUUAAAUAGUAGACUAUAUGAACAAGCUCUGCACUCUUUGAAAAUAUUUCAAGAGCUUGUACAAAGUUAUUUACCUAUACUGAUUUUCGACUAAGCAGGUCUCAUCUUCGCAGAUUUUUUUGUAUUCAAUGUUCCGAUAGCUUUCUUUUUUUAUAUAUGUAAAGAGCCACUUUCUAGUCAAUGCACCACUGAUAGACAAGAAGUUCUACGGAACUGAGCCACAUCUCCAGCCACGACUGGCAUUUACCCCUGGUUUGUGAAACAGAGCUUUUAGAUGUUGCCUUUUACAGGACGCAUUUGCACAUAGUUUUUUCGGCGUUUGCCGCAUUUUGUGCAAGGCUAUGAUAGAUAUUCUUCUUUGGUGUUUGAGGCAUUUUAACUUGGUAGAUUCAGGUUUCGGAUUCUUUAGUAUUCCUGUGGCUCACCAAGGACAGGGUCAAUGGAACAGGGGGCGGCCGGGAUCAGUCUCCUAUCACAAGGGGCUGGUUUCACCAUUGAUCUCUAUGGGACGUCAAUGAGGCCUUUUAAUGUGAAAAAACAUUUUCCAUCAUACAGUUUUUGUUUGCAGAAAAAGGCUAAAAAUACGGGGCUAAGGUCUAGAUGGCCUCAAGCUCUACCACUGGACUCAGGAUGAGGUGUCAGUGAGAUUUAUGCUCUUGUACAGCUAAAUUUAAACAGCAUUGUUAGUAUCAAUGCGCAUAAUUUAUUUUUGUUACAUUUAUUUUUUAUCUUAAGACAAGAUCAGCUGCUGAAACCAUAUCACUUAUCACUUAAUGGGUUAUCCUAAAAGUGAUCAGUGGUAAGGUUUCAGUAGCUGGUUACGCAGGUAUCAGUGAGAUCACACACCACAAUCAAGGAUGUCUUACUUUCUGUUGUUUUAUUACCCACCCUCUCAACCUUUUGCCUUUGUCUUUCUUGACUCAUGUGGGGUACCACUGAGCUCUAGACCUGGGUCUGUCAAGCAGGGAAUGCCUCAUGCACCUUUGCGAGUCUAUUCAUUGUAGCACUGUUCCGGAUGGGGUGUACAUCUAAAACUCUAUGGGUAAAUAAAUUCUGUAACUGGCAUCAUCGAGAAGUAAAGUGACACUUUCCUGGGGUGUUUGACGACUGUAGCUUAGGAGGUCGUGAAAUGAAGUAGAGUUCAGGUCUGUUUUGGUGUUAGAUUUAUGGCAUUAGUCAUAAAGAAAGAAUAAGAUCCUCUUGCAUUUAUUGAAUUUUGAAUGAAUAGAGUGUGAACAAAUAAAAAGGAAAAACCCUGGAA